AUGCAGCCGAAGAAAAAGCUCAUGCCAAAAUCGGCAUUUCUUGUGAAGAAAUAUGAGCGUCAUAUUAGAUUGCUGUUCAUUGCAUUCAUCACGGUUUUAUGUUUCGUGUUCAUUACACGUUCUGGUAAUGGUAGCAGCGAAACGCCAGUGCUUCCACCAAAGACUGUCGAACCAGCAGUGUCGAGUCCUGGUGGUGCAAAAGAUAAGUUCCUGAAGCCUCAUACUGAUAAGGUUCAGAACGUUUUUUACCCAGAAGAUGAUGGUGUUAGAGAAAAGGCCUGUAUGGUCACCUUAGCAAGAAACAAAGAUUUAUGGCAUUUGGUUACAUCUGUGAGGGAUGUUGAAGAUAGAUUCAACAAGAACUAUCAUUACGAUUGGGUCUUUUUGAACGAUGAACCGUUCAACGAGGAAUUCAAAAGUGUUAUGACAGCAAUGGUCAGUGGUACCGCUAAAUUUGGUGUGAUUCCAAAGGAACACUGGUCCUUCCCAGACUGGAUUGACCAGGAUAAGGCGGCAGAAGUCAGAAAACAGAUGAAAGAAGACGGUAUCAUUUACGGUGACUCCGUCUCUUACAGACAUAUGUGUAGAUACGAAUCCGGAUUCUUCUGGAGACACGAGUUACUUGACGAGUAUGAAUGGUAUUGGCGUGUGGAACCAGAUAUCAAGUUGUUCUGUGAUAUUCACUACGAUGUUUUUAAGUUAAUGAAGCAAAACAACAAGAAGUACGGGUUCAUCUUAUCCGUUAGCGAAUACGAAAAAACGAUUCCUACUUUAUGGGAAACCACCAAAAAUUUCAUGAAGGAAUACCCACAACACGUCAAGGAAAAUAAUUUGAUGAAGUUUAUCUCCAACGAUGGUGGUAAGACUUAUAACAUGUGUCACUUCUGGUCUAACUUCGAAAUCGCAUCGCUAGAAUUAUGGAGAUCCCCUGCCUACCGUGAGUACUUCGACUACUUGGACCGUUCCGGUGGGUUCUUCUACGAGAGAUGGGGUGAUGCUCCGAUUCAUUCCAUUGCCGCUGCACUUUUCUUAGAACCAGAAGAAUUCCAUUUCUUCGACGGCAUAGGAUACUACCAUCCAGGAUUCACUUCAUGUCCUGUGGAAGAAGCUAUCAGAUUACAAAACAGAUGUACAUGUGACCCAGGCGAUGACCAAACUUGGGGUGACAGUUAUUUCUGCACAAGAAAAUACUUCGGUGCCCGUGGUUUGAAACUACCAAAGGAGGUCAGGUAA